AUGGCGCCUACCGGCCAGGGGACUGGCGAACCCGAUCGCCACCGCGUGGGCGAGUAUUGGAGCGGCACCAAUCCCGUUCCGACUGUCCAGAAAUUUGUCGAGCGCCUCGACGUGGAGAAGAAAGAGCGAGACCACAGAAUCGACGAGGAGAACAAAGCUAGAAAGCAAAGAGCAGCCUUGAAGCAGCAAGAACAAUACAAGUCUGGAAGACCGAAUGAUGGAUCCCAGACAGGUGUCAUGGCCCAUGAGGCCCGCGAGGUUGCUCAAGCUAAUGUCCGCAUGGUGACCGAUCCAACAACCGGUAAAGAGAUCGGGGUCGAAGAUCAAGAUCCUUCUUCCAUGGAAGCUGUCAAGAACCCAAAGCUGACUGUGCCCAACGCCAACCUCGGUCGACCGACUGAACAUCAAACUAGCCCUGAUCAAGAGCUCUCCGAGUACAAAGAGAAGCAAGACAUUACCGCUCCACCCGAUCCUAUCGCUGAAGGAACAACCUCCGACGUUCCCAUUCGCGGAGAGAAGACGAACGUCCUCUUCCAUCCUACCCCCACUGUCUCGUACAAACCCAUGUUUGAUCAAUUGGAGAAGCGUGGAACUGUACUAUGUAUCGCCAUUCUCCUCGCCAUCAUUGUACUCGGGCGGACCUUUGGAGGCUCCCUCCUCGGACUGAUUCCUCUAGCCUUUUGUGUCACAAGUGGUGUUUGGCUAUGGGUGCAGGAAGUAAUCAAGAGUGGUAAAGAAAUGGAAUGGAGCAGUGAGCGGAUGCGCGGUCAAAUGGCCACCGUGAACCUGCUUCCAGAAUCUGUCGAAUGGAUGAACUCUUUCCUGUCUGUAGCGUGGGGACUAAUGAAUCCCGAAAUGUUGGUUCCUAUGGCCGACACAAUCGAAGAUAUCAUGCAAGCGUCCGCUCCCAAGGUCGUCGAGAACGUCCGAAUUGCCGAGAUCGACCAAGGAAACAACCCUCUCCGAAUUCUCAGCAUGCGUGCUCUGCCCGAUGAACAUGUUCAGCACCUGAAAGACAACAUCCAUGAGCAAAAUAUCAAGAAUAAGGACCCACAAGAGGCCGCGGCCGCCGAGGAAGGUGGAAGCUACUACAACAUGGAAGCUUCUUUUGCAUACCACGCGAAGCCGAGUAGUGGAUCUGCCUCAUCGAAGGCUCGCAAUAUGCACAUGCAUUUAGUGUUUUACUUGGGUAUCCGUGGCCUCUUUGGAGUUCCGUUUCCAGUUUUCGUUGAGUUGACCGAGCUAGUCGGCACAGUCCGAUUACGCUUCCAGAUGAUGCCAGAGCCACCCUUCAUGAAGGAAGUAACCUUCAGUUUGGUGGGUAUUCCACACGUACGUGCGGGCUGCCUGCCCAUGAUCCGUCGCGGUGUGAACAUUCUCAAUCUACCUUUGAUCUCGAACUUCGUCAACUAUGCCAUCGGCGCCGCUUGCGCCAUGUUUGCGGCCCCCAAGUCGAUGACUAUGGAUCUUAGCAUGAUGCUGAAGGGUGAUGAUAUCCAGAAGGAUACUUUGGCACUUGGUGUUAUGUGGAUUCGUAUUCACCGUGCGGUUGGCUUGAGCAAACAAGACCGCCGCGGUAGUGAAGGUGGUGGUAGCGAUCCGUACAUCAACCUGUCAUUCUCAAAGUAUGGAAAGCCAAUGUACUGUACUCGGGUUAUCACGGACGAUCUCAACCCUAUCUGGGAAGAAACUGCCGCGCUCCUCGUUACGCCCGAACUGAUCAAGGCGGACGAAAACCUGAGCAUUGAGCUCUGGGACUCGGACCGCAACACGGCGGAUGAUAUCUGCGGUAAGGUUGAACUGCCAAUUCGGGAGAUGCUCCAGCAUCCGGGUCGCAUGUAUCCCAAGGUCUCCAAGCUACAAGGUCUUGAUGAUGGCAGCGAGAUGCCGGGCCAAUUGCACUGGGAGGUUGGAUACUUUGGCAAGCCCAAGCUGCGCCCUGAACUUCGCACGGAUGGUCAGAAGAAGGACCUUCCUGAAAACCUCAAAGGAGAUCCUAAAUUCGAGGAUGAGAAAGGCACCAUUACUAAUGAGGAAGAAGACGCUGUUAUGCAUACGCCGCCUGAUCCCAUCUGGCCUAGCGGUAUUGUGCAUAUCGUCGUGCAUCAGAUCGUCAAUCUCCAGCUGGUCAACGUCAAAGGCAGCGAGGGGAACCGCAAGGGUAGAGAGUAUGAGCCUGCGAAACCAUUCGGUGAGAAUACCGAGGAAGAGGGCGAGCAUUUGCCUUCCAGCUAUUGCAAGAUCAUGCUCAAUGAUCAAUUGAUCUACCGCACUCGUCCAAAGGCCGUCAGCUCCAAGCCUAUCUUCAAUGCUGGAACAGAGCGCUUCGUCCGCGAUUGGCGAUCUGCCAUGGUCACCAUAACUGUGCGAGACCAGCGUUAUCGUGAACAUGACCCGAUCCUGGGCGUUGUUCCAAUCAAACUCUCCGAUCUCCUCCAGACCAGCUCACAGGUGACCCGCUGGUACCCCCUCGACGGUGGCGUCGGCUUCGGACGCAUUCGUAUCUCGAUUCUUCUCCGCCACGUCGAGACCAAGCUGCCUCCUAACAUGCUUGGCUGGGAUGUGGGCACCUUUGAGUUUGUCAGUAACAAGAUCCUUGCAAAGGACUACGGGCGGCAGUGCAAGAUCAAGCUUCGCACUGGUGGCAGCACGGGCAAGAUCACCCGUAAGGCUGGAAAUCUGGAUGGCAAGGAUCUGAGCUACGACAUCUCCGACACGACCUUUCGAGACGGUCUCCGCAUGCCGGUCAAGCACAGAUACCGUUCCCCAGUUGUCUUCGAGUUCCACAACCAAGGCAAGCGAGGCGCAGCCGCAUACGCCACCUUGUGGCUCCAGCACCUGGUCGAUAACGAAGAAACCGACAUCGACCUCCCCAUCUGGACAACAAAGAGUGGCGCCCGCCUCACACAAAACUACAUCACCGAAAAGAACUGGAAAGCCAAAGAAGUGCCCGGACUACAGGACCUGACCGAAGUCGGCCGACUACAGUUCACGUGCAAAUUCUCCCCCGGCAUUGACGAGUCGCACGAGCAAUUCGUCACUGAUAAUGACUCUCGCGAGACCUUCGAAACCUGGGAAGCCUGCAUGUCGCAGGGUGUUCGCUCGCGCAGCAUCUCCGUCGAGGUCCCGGCCGAAACCCAAGAGAAACAUGAGAAGUCGCUCAUUGACGGCCGCGACGUGCUCAAACAAGCAGACCCCAACGAGCGACGCAGAUGGGUCGACCGCGAGGGCCAAGACUGGAGUGGUGCAUUCGGUCAUGACCCUCGCGCAUAUACCGAUUCCAGCGGACGCAAGGUCGCCGAGCCUGGACGCGAUGAGCCACGGCAUGACGCUAUCACGCCUCCACCAUUAAAGGGCCAGUCGUCAUCUCAUCUCGGCACGCAGAACGGGACCCAGGCCACGAAUGUCCACAACGGUGAAGCGGCUUCCGAUUCGGAUGACUCUGAAACGGAGUCAUCCUCGUCGUGGACACCGUCGACAGUUAGUCCCACCGCGGACGCUGGAUCCUCACAGGCAAGCAGUAGCCAGAUGAGCCAGAGCCAGAUCAACAAGGCGAAUAGACGGAGUGAGCAGCGUCAGCAGCGUGGGAUGAUGCAGUGGAAACCUGCACGAAAUGCGGUGUUUGCGAAGGACGAGGCCAAGUUUGCGCUGAGGAAGAUGAAGAAGAAGAUUGGGAUGGGUGAUUUGACUGGCCGAGAGCCGGAUAUUGAGACAGAGACUUGA